CGUCGAUCGAAGACGAUGGGGUGAGGGAAAUGCUGUUGAAGAUUGACUCUCAGCUGGCGAACCAGGCAUCCAUGUUUGUCAAGUACAUGGAGGCCAUGCUGGAUAAGUACAACACCGGAGAGGAAGAGGACCACGGAAGCGAUGCAUGCGGGGUGCCCAAGCACGGGACGAGAAUUAAAGCGAGAAGGAGCGCGAUGAGGACUCCGAUAAUUGUGGCACCAAAAUCGCGCCGUUGCGGAGAAAGUGGUCCGGUUUCGGAAGCAGAGCUACUUGAUGGGCAGCUACUACCGCCGGCGCCCAGAAGAGCCCCCGGCGCCGUUUUGGAUCGCGAUAUGAUCGAGACUUUUCGCAAUGAAAAGGACGAUAGUUUGCUGUAUUAAUUUGGGUCGUCUUUACGACUCACAUGAAUUCUUUUGGUCGACAUGAUCGAAAAACACAAUCGAACGAAAAAAUCUUUAUUCCACGUCCACGAAAAAAAAAAAUGAAAAUCAGCAUGAAAAGAAUAAAAAAACGAAAUCCUCCGCAGAUGCCUGGUUCCCGCCCCUGAGCUGAAGAAGGAGCGUGUCACCCUCCCAGCGACCGUCUCGACCUCCUUCACGGGUAAAAACAUCAUGCUUGCGUCACCGCAACAGGCGUACAACAGCGAUCCUGAGCAAUCGCCGACCCUCUGUGGGUCGAGCGUCAACAGCACGGAGCGGCCGCUGCACAGCGCGUCCGUGGCGAGUUUGGCGAAGUUUCUCCGUCCGUCGAGCGAGCUGUGGCAGGAAGACGCCAGCUUUGCGUUGAAAGUGCACGACGCACAGGAGUAUCAAAUGCGAAAGUGUCUGGGUCUGGAAGAUUCUGAAAUUUUUCAUGCAUGUUUUGCAUGACCCAGGUUGUCUGUAAUGCACGGCCUAACAUCACAGAUUUUUAGACGGCUUCCUGAUGCCUACUUCGCAUGACAAACGCCCUCCCCGCGUAGCACAAACUAGACUCCUCUUGCUGGUCAUGCAAUACAGAUUUUUUUAGAGUCCGAAAAUAGCAUCACAGGUUCCAACCUUGCAGACCCAGACACUUUUGCAUUUGAUAAGGAGCACAGCAGCAUCGCUCUGCUGGAAACGGAGCUUAGCCGGAUUUCCGCCGAGUCAUCAGCGUCUAGUGCGGGAGGGAAGACGAAGUCGCACAGGGGC